AUGGAGAACGGCGAUAAACAAAACGGCAUUGAACAGCCGGAACAGAUAGACAUCCCUCCAACUCGAUUCGAAGUUGAGCUAGAGUUUGUGCAAUGCCUCGCGAACGUCCCAUAUGUAAUAUUCUUGUUGAGUCAGCAGCAAAUCUGGAGAGACCCGAAGUUCAAGGAAUACCUGAAAUACUUAGAGUAUUGGUGCGAGCCUCCGUAUGCACAGUGCAUUGUCUACCCGAAUUGCUUGUUUAUGCUAAAGUUGUUGAACGGAUUCAUGGCAUCGGCAACAGUCAACGAGGAUGGCCUCCUCGAAGGUCUUGAUGAACUGCCCAAGGUGCUACAGAGCCAAGGCGGCCAAUGGAUGAAUGAGAUGGUAGAAAGAUGGAAUAUGUGA